AGCUAUGUGGGAGUGGUCGUGAUUGUGGUUUGUGAUAUUUACAUCGAGUAAGUGAAAAAUUUUAAUGGCGUACUGCAUCUCAGGGUUUAGAAGUUUAAUAUCUUAAGUUCACAGGCGAAGUGACUCGUUUCGGAUGUGUUAAGUUUACUGGUGCGAUAAGCUGCCUGCUAGAUGCUGAUGAACUACCAGUGAUAUCUCUUUUUGAAAAAUGAGCCUCAAUUUCUCAAAACUUUUUUCUUCAAAGAAACGUCAGGACAUUCAACAAGUGCCAUCACAGAUAGGAUUACCAACAAAUGUGAAGCAUGAUUAUCAUGUGACACGUAAUGCGCAUACUGGAGAAUUAGAGGGUUUACCAGAGUCUUGGAUUAGGCUUCUGAAUGCACAGAUAACCAAAGAAGAACAAGAUGUUAAUCCCAGAGCUGCAGUACAGGCAUUAAAAUACUACAAUUAUUCAAUAAAAAAGAAGCCAACAGAACCAUUCAAACCACUUAUCACAGCAGAGCAGAUAGAAGAGGAAUCGGCAGAAAUAGAAAAUAUCUUAGGGCCUAAAGUGUUAGCAGGAAGAAAUAUCCCCACAUGGGGUGAAGAUGAGUCCCCUAAAGUGAAACAAAAGCUAGCACCUCCAGUUCCACCAGCAAAACCUUCAGGAUACAAAGCAGGAGGAAAAGUGAACCAGGAAGCACUGGUUAACCAUGUACAACAAGCAUUAGAUGAAGCUCUAAAUUUGGCAGUUGUUGAUGGAGAUACUACAGGCCUGAAAAAGCAUGAGGAAGAGGAAAUAUGUGGCAGUCCAUUGCUGAGGAAAAAAGAAAGAAGCACAGAGAAGUUGACAGAUGACCAAAUAUAUGAAGAAUUGAGAAGACUAUGUCACCCUGGUGAUCCAUGUAGAAGAUUUGAUCGAAGCAAGGAACUAGGAGCAGGUGCUUCUGGUACUGUUUUCAUUGCCUACGAUACAGAAACAAAGAAGAAAAUUGCAGUCAAAGACAUUGAUUUAUCAAAACAACCCAGAAAAGAACUUAUUCUGAAUGAAAUCAAAGUUAUGAAAGAGUUUAAUCAUGAAAAUCUCGUUAAUUUUCUAGAUGCAUAUCUUGUUAGGAAUGAUCAUUUGUGGGUGAUCAUGGAGUUACUUGAUGGUGGUCCUCUUACUGAUGUAGUAACAGAGACUGUUAUGAAAGAAGGUCAGAUAGCAGCCGUUUGCAGGGAAGUUCUUAAGGCUGUAAGCUUUCUUCAUGGGAAGGGCAUCAUCCAUCGAGAUAUUAAAUCUGACAACGUUCUUCUAGGAAUGAAUGGUGCAGUAAAAGUCACAGAUUUUGGUUUCUGUGCCAACAUUGUUGGAGAUGAAAAGAGACAGACAUUGGUUGGUACACCAUACUGGAUGGCACCAGAAGUUGUGACGAGAAAGCAGUAUGGUAAGAAAGUUGAUAUAUGGUCGCUUGGUAUUAUGGCUAUUGAAAUGAUUGAAGGAGAGCCACCCUAUUUAAAAGAAACCCCACUUAGAGCAUUGUAUCUGAUAGCAGCGAAUGGAAGGCCAGCUAUACCUCGUUGGGAGAAAUUAUCUCCAGAAUUCAAGGAUUUCUUAGACUGCUGCCUACAAGUAGACGUUGACAAACGUGCCACAGCUGAUGAGCUUCUGAGACAUCCAUUCUUGAGAAACUGCAUGGAACUUACUACAUUAACUCCUCUGAUAAAGGCUGCACAGAAAAUACUAGGAAAAGGCGCAGGCAUCGACUUACUGCACAAAUGAAGAAUGUCCAAUUCCUGGUAUUACAUUCGUCCUCUGCUCAAUGUAAGAUAAACUGCAAUAAUACAAUAAACAGAUCCUUUCAACUGAAUGUUAUCACAAAGUACAACUGUUUUAACCUGAUGUUUGGUAACAGGUGACAUUAUCAUUUAAUGUUGAGAUUUUUUUAAAUCCAGCUUGAAAUGACUUUUAUGUUAACUGAUGUUUUAUUGUUCAUGUAAAUUCCUACAGUUAAUCACAGUUUGUAACAGUAGUGCAUAAGUAUAAUAUAGUUCAUCAUUGCUUUCAGUUCAUUGACUGAAUAAACCGACAGUGGAGUAAAGGAAGAAUUUCUCCACACUAUUGUGUGCUAUUUUGUCUUAGAAAAGUGGUGAAUUGAGAAUCAGUAUCAGUUAGUCACAACUGAAAAUAGAUUGAAGUUGUAAUGGGAUAACUGAAUUUGUGACUGUUCUUAUAUAUAUCUUUAUUCAUAGCAUUAUAACAGAAACUGGAACAAGUAAUGUGUUUUAGAACUUUCCCCAGUCACCAUGUUUUUACAUCCAUUACAUUCAGUGAGAAAGUUGCACUUCAGUAUUUUGUGUAAGCCAUUUUCAACAUA